GUGAGUCAAAAUCCUGUUAGUAGUUUGACGUCACGUGCUGUUAACAGAACAAUUCCAGGAACUACACAAGACUGUUGAUGACAGUAGGGAAAUGAUAAAUGAGUGCCUGUGAUAAUGAUACCUGAGGCAUUUAUGCAAGUGGCAUAAGGCAAGAUCUACAAGUCGUCAUCACCCGCCACACGCAUCCAGGCACUCGGCGGGAAAGGUACUGUCAUAAGAGACCGCGACCCCGUCCAGAGUGAAGUUCGCUGUGUGUGUCAGAUGGGAACUGAAGCGGAAGUAAACAUGAGUGUCAACAUAGAUGUGGUUGAUCCCAGGCAAGAGAACCCCGUGCACGAGUUCUAUUGCAACGGAAUACAGUCGCCAGUGUACAUUUACAACCACAUUGAGAGUGAUAAAACGUCUCCCACCACGAAGCCACACCAAUAUGAGGCAGCGGGAGUACAUCUCGGCGACGACGCGGGCAGGAGAGCCAGCCAUCAAGAGACCCGCCUUAAGACCUGCUGCUGUGGGAGAAGCACACCACAUUUUGAAUGGGCAACGUUUCGUCUGACAAUGGCCACGCUGGUGAUGGCGCUUAUACAGAUUCAAGCAGGCACAGCAUUCUGUUUCUCUGGAGUCACGCUGCCACAGAUGACUGACGCCGCCACCGAGGACCUCUUUCUGGACCCGCACCAGGCAGCGCUCUUCGGAAGUCUUGUAAAUCUGGGAGCCGUGGCGGGAACUUGCCUCAGCUGGCCACUGCUGGUGAGACUUGGCCAGCGAAAAACACUCCUGGUGGGGCUCCCGUUCUCUCUCCUGGCUUGGUUCACACUCGCCUUUUCACCAACCACCUGGCUUCUUCAAAUGGCCCGCUUCAUCCUCGGCCUCACCAUGAGUAUGCUGACACCAGCGGCAAAUCUUUACCUCUUAGAAAUAUCUCAUAGAAAGAUUCGGGGCAGACUUCUUGGGACAAUGACGCUGUCCAGAAAUCUCGGAGGUUUAGUUGUUACUCUGAUCGGCAGCCUGCCACUCAGCUGGCGCCAAGUGGGACUGCUGUGCUCCAUUUUCUCUGUGCUUCCAAUUCUGGGUGUCUUCUUCUUGCCCAACUCUCCUCGUUGGCUGAUAACUCAAAAUAGAAUGGACGAGGCUCACUCCGCGCUGGUCUUCUUCCGGAAAACAACUUACGAUCCUUUGCCAGAACUUCAUGACAUCACAGAGCAGGCGGAGAUCAAGACCUGCAGCGGCGGCAGCGUCUGGCGGCAGAUGAAGAUGUUAUUUCAGUCAGAAACACGUCAUACUUUCUGUGUUUUAUCUCUAAUAGCAGUUUUUGUAGCUUUUUGCGGAAGUUGCCCUUUGAUGACGUAUCUUGUGCCUAUCCUACAGGUAACAAAUGACGCCGUAGAUCCGUAUCUCAGCGCAGUGUUCUGCAGCUUUACCAGAAUAUUUGGAAUUAUUAUCCACAUUGGUGUGGUCGAUAAACUGGGAAGAAAGCCGCUGAUCAUUGCAUCCUUUUUUCUGUGCUCGGUUUGCACUGCUGCUUAUGGAUUUUAUUUUCAUUUAAAUGGAAAUACAAACCCGGAUAUCAACUGGGUGCCGCUCAUGUUGAUACUAUUCUUUACUUUAUUCUCCGGUGUAGGACUACCAGUGAUUACCGUGUUGCAGGGCGAGCUCCUGCCUACCAAUUGUCGGGCCGCAGGUCUUUCUCUUCUGACAUGUCUUCUCAUGCUGGGAGGGUUCACGUCUUCUCACACGUACUACAUGACAGUAGCCGCACUGGGUCACGAGGGUGCUUUCUGGCUCUUCAGCAUUUCUUCUAUACUUCUGGUUAUCGUUGCUAUUUUAGGUUUACAAGAAACUCGGGGCAGGACCCUGGAGGAUAUUUCCACGCCUCGUCUAAAAGCAAAACAUUCCAUGAGGCUCUCAGGCACCCAGUUCAAGGCAAAGCAAUCUGAUCAUAUGCACAAAAUAUCCAUGAACUCCUGCAGUGUAUGGAGUGUCACUCUCCCUGGAACUAAGAAACCAAGAGUCAUUUGAUGCUGAAUUUUCUCUGUGAACCAGCUAUUCCUUUUCAGAUACAAGUCAUUAUAUAUAAGUAGAAAUAUAAACUUGUAUAUAAAUCAAUAAAUUAUGUAUUAAUCAUUAAUUA